AGUCCAUGGCAAUGCAGGCCAUUUGCAUCUUCUGAAAACAGAAAACCAGAAUAGGGUUGCUGCAUUGCAGUAAAUACUAUCUCUGAUUGCCAUGGCCUCUUAUGUGUUGCCAGUGUUGCUGCUCCUGUGUGUAGCGGCGUCGGCGUCAGCCUCGCCUGGGCUGUCGCCGAGGUUCUAUGCGAGAUCGUGUCCCGGAGCUCUGGACACCAUCAGGAUCGCCGUGGAGGAGGCCGUGAGGAACGAGCCCCGCAUGGGGGCCUCUCUGCUCCGGCUGCACUUCCACGACUGCUUCGUCCAAGGCUGCGACGCAUCGGUGCUGCUGAAUGACACGGCCACCUUCACCGGCGAGCAAAGCGCUGCUCCCAACGUGGCGUCCAUCCGAGGCUUCGCCGUCAUCGACAACAUCAAGGCCCGUGUCGAGGCCAUCUGCCGGCAGACCGUCUCCUGCGCCGACAUCCUUGCCCUCGCCGCCCGCGACUCCGUCGUCGCCCUGGGAGGCCCAUCAUGGACAGUCCCACUAGGCCGCCGGGACUCAACAACAGCAAGUCUCUCCCUAGCCAACAGCGACCUCCCAGCUCCAUCCUUCGACGUGGCCAACCUGACAGCCGCCUUCGCCGCCAAGAACCUCAGCGUGACCGACAUGGUGGCCCUCUCAGGCGGCCACACAAUCGGGGACUCGCAGUGCCUCAACUUCAGGGACAGGAUCUACAACGAGACCAACAACAUCGACGCCGCCUUCGCGACGUCGCUCAAAUCCAUCUGCCCGCGCUCCACGAGCUCCGGCAACAGCAGCCUGGCGCCUCUGGACGUAGCAACGCCCACAGCAUUCGACAACAAGUACUAUGGGAACUUGUUGGCGAAGAAGGGGCUCUUGCAUUCGGACCAGGUGCUGGUGAAUGCCAGAGGCGGCGUUGGCGGGCUUGUCAGGAGGUAUGCGGGCUCCCCUGCGAGGUUUGGGAAGGAUUUUGGGGCUGCCAUGGUGAGGAUGGGGAAUGUGAGCCCGCUCACUGGGUCGCAGGGCCAGAUCAGGCUCAUUUGUUCCAGGGUUAACUGAUUCAGUUGUGGUACUGGCUGGUUAACUUUGUUCAUGAAUGUAAGAUGUUUUGAUAUGCUAUUUUUAGCCUACCCAAACGUCUUACAUUUUGCAUGGAAUAAAGCUAGUAUUAGCUAUAGCUACUGCUAUGUAUCAUGUACUGUGAUGUAUGAGAGCAUUCCGCUCAAAAUUUGCCCAGAUGUUCAAAUGCCAUUCAAAAAAAUUUGUUUCAAAUUUGCCA